GCACUGCCCGCACAUCACCAAAAUCAUGCAAACCCGCACGCAUUGUUAUGCCAUUCCAUCCCCACGCAUCCUUCGCUGUCAAUCCCACUCAUUCCCUUCCACACUGCCCUUCUUCCCUCCCCAUCCCCUCCCACUGCCGCCCUUGCCCCAUGCAGCGGCACCCCUUCCUCUGCCGCCCACCGCAUCUGCUGCUCCCUCCCUCACCCCAUCGCACCCGCUCUCCUCCGCUGCUGCUCGCCCCUCCCCACCGACCGCCCCUCUUGCCCCCUCGGCCGCGUCGCCCUCCCCGCUCACACCUGCUGCCGCCGCUGCUGCCAGUGCAGCGGGUGGGGCGGCACCUCGGCCACCCGGUGCAGCAGCAGGGUCGGCAUCUCUGCCUGUGCGCCCCUCCACCGCUCCGCUCACCACCCCCUUGCCCUCCCUCUCCACCGCUGCUCCCGUCGGCAUCGCACGCCCCUCUGCUGCACCCAAUCCCAUGCUGACAGCUAGCGGCGCGGGCAGCACAGGAGGGGGAUCUGGAGCGCCGACGAUGCUGCUGGGCAUGCCGAGUGGCAUGCGCACGUUUGAGGGGCUGGGAGGGGCGCUGCUGGGCGUGCCGGGGGGCUGGCCCGGCGCCAUGCCCGCCUCGGCAGGUGGAUCCUCUGCUGGAGGAGCGGUGCCGCUCGGCCGAAUGCCGCCCUCAGGCUCGGGUCUGGUUCGGCCGAACGUACUCAUGGGGGGGUCUGGCCAAGCUGCAGGUGCAGGGUUGGCAGGUGCAGGCAGUACAACAGGAGGAGGUGGUGGGGUGGGUGUGCCUGGCGCAGCAGCGGGGUCUGGUGGGGCUGCAGCAGGGGGCAUGGGCGACUUUGCUGCUGCUGGCGCCCCUUCCCACGCAGGGCCAGCAGCGGUGGGCGGGGCAGAGGUGGCAGGGGGGGGUGGAGGAGGAGCGCUGUCAGCGCUGGGCGCCACCAUGGGGGCAGCAGGGCCCAUAGCAGUGCCGCAGAUGAGAGGAGCCUACGCUGCACCGUCCCCGGGCAACCUUGGGCAGGUGGCAUCGGCACAGAUGCACCUGGCCACGAGCCCUCCCCAGUACGGCCUGCACUCCGGCACGGGCGGGUUGUCAGCCCCGUCGCCCCCCGUGUUCCAGGCUCCGUCACCCGCCCUGUCGUACAACGCUCCCUCGCCACAGCUCAUGCACGCCUCGCACCCGCACUCUCCCAUGCUCCCCCUGCAGCACCAGCAGCAGCUGCAGCAGCAACAGGCAGCCUCGCCCAUGGUUCCCGGUGGUGGGGGGGGACCGGGGCACGGGGGGGCGCAGCUUCUGCAGCAGCCAAUGGCAUCACUGAGUCAGCAGAGGCAGAUGCAGCGACUGCACCUGCAGAGGCAGAGGCAGCAACAGCAGCAACAACAGCAGCAGCAACAGCAGCAGCAGCAGCAGCAGCAGCAACAGCAUUUCAACUAG